AUGCCACGAAGAACAGCAGGCCAGGUCGCUCAAAAUCUACAACACCCUUUAAAUGCGGCACCUCUACAGGCGGAGAAUAUUCCUUUUCAAGUCAAUGGAUCCUUGCUAGGCUCCCGGGAAUCGACUUAUAUGUCUUCUCUCCAUUCUAGCAUUCUAGACUACAGAUACGAGAACGGACGCCGUUAUCAUGCCUACCGCGAGGGCGCUUAUCCGUUUCCCAAUGAUUACGAAGAGCAGGAUAGAAUGGAUCUAGGACAUCACAUCUAUCGUCUCUUACUAGGCGGGGAACUCUACCUCGCACCAAUCAGAGAUGAUCUAAAGAGAGUGCUCGAUCUGGGCACUGGCACAGGCAUCUGGGCUAUCGAUUUUGCAGAGCACUUCCCUGAUACAGAAGUUCUUGGAACUGAUCUGAGUCCUAUCCAGCCCCUAUGGGUCCCAGAGAACUGCAUCUUCGAGGUUGAUGAUUUUGAGUCAGACUGGCUUUUCCACAAGCCGUUUGACUUUAUUCACGCACGUGAACUCGGAGGUUGUAUAAGCAGUAGCCGGCGACUGUUCAGACAGGCGCUGGACAAUUUGGUUCCAGGGGGGUAUUUUGAGAUGCAGGCUGUUCAUGCGGAGUUCAAGUCAGACGAUAACACCAUAGACAAGGCUGAAUAUGCCCUGCGUUGGAUGAACGCUAUCGUAGAAGGCUCGGUCAAGUUCGGCAAGCCGCUAAACUUUACUCCCAGAUGGAAGCAAGAGAUGGAAGAAGCGGGCUUUGUAGAUGUUAAGGAGAAGAUUCUUAAGAUCCCAAUCGGCUCAUGGCCUAAAGAUCCUACGCUUAAAGAGAUUGGGCAAGUCCAACUAAUACAAGAAGCAAAGUUAAUCGCUUCUUAUACUCCGGGGAUUUUCUCACGUAUCCUCCACUGGAAAGAAGCUGAAAUCCAAGUGUUGAUGGCCCAGGUUAAGAAGGAACUUUCAAAUCCUGAUAUUCAUCUCUAUGUUCCGGUUUAUUUUAUAUGGGGCAGGAAACCCGAGUGA